AUGGCAUGGCUCUGCCGGCCUGCCAGUCGCCUCCUGCCGCGGGCACUGCACUGCGCCCCAUGGCUGCGCUGCAGUGCCAGCGAGAGCUACGGUCGCCGCGCGGAGCUCUACGACGAGGACGUCUUCGACCCCAUCGACGAGCUGCCUUUGACCCGCCGGCGGCGCGGUGGGGUUGGGAUCGGAUGGAGCCUAGCGGAGAAAACGGAGGAGAAACUUCUGGUGGUGGAGAAACCUGUGGAACUGGUGGAGGAUCCGAAAAUUUUGGAGAAGGACCAUAAGGACCCGGAGUUGGAAAGAUCUUCCAACAAUGCGAGGGAAGCAUCUGGGGCAUCUGGGAAGGGCGUGAAGCUUGGUGUGAGGCCUCCGCCUCCUCCACCUUUGGGGCAUCCGAGAUCCGUGGAGUCCGUGGAGGUUUCGAGUGCUCCCAAGGAGCAGAUCUUGGAGGCGGGCAACGAGGUGGACGAUUUUCUGCUGAAACAUGGCGUAGCCUUGGAAGGCACAGCUGAGUUGAAACCCAUCCGAAGCUUUGAGGAGGGCGGAUUCCCAGAGCAGGUGCUGGACUACCUAAAGAGUGCUGGCUUCUGCCAGCCCACGCCCAUCCAAUCGGUUGCUUGGCCCCUGGCCCUAUCCGGGUCCGAUUUGGUGGGCCUCGCUGAAACCGGCAGUGGGAAGACCUUGGCGUAUCUACUGCCUGGGAUGAUGCACGUGAAGUCUCAGCCACCGGUGGAAGUCGGAGAUGGCCCCAUUGCACUCGUGCUGGCGCCCACUAGGGAGCUGGUGAUGCAGAUUCAAUGGGAGGCCUUUGGUUUGGGCGAGCACCUGGGCCUCCGCGACGCCGUGUGCUACGGCGGGGUGCCGCGGCGCGGGCAGCAGCAGGAGCUGCGCCGAGGGGUGGAGCUGCUGAUCGCGACGCCGGGGAGGCUCCUGGACUUUGUGAAUGCCAAGGUGACCAACCUUGAUCGAGUGACGUAUCUGGUGGUGGACGAGGCAGACCGAAUGCUGGACAUGGGCUUUGAGCCUCAACUGCGACAGGUGGUGUCCCAGCUCAAGGCUGACCGACAAACCUUGCUAUGGUCGGCGACCUGGCCAUUGUCCAUCCAGGACUUGGCGAAAGAUUUCUGCAAGGACACGCAGAAGAUCUCUGUGGGCAUUUCUGAGACGAGGGCCAAUCCCAAUGUACGACAAGAUGUCCGAGUGGUGACAGAAUUGGAUAAGAAACAGCAGUUUUUCGAGUGGUUGCAGGAGGUGUCACCGCAGGAUUCGAGGCCUCGCAUUCUGAUCUUUACGGAAACCAAGAAGGGUGCGAAUGCGCUCUGUCGGGAACUGCGGUAUGAGCAGUUUGAAGCGGGGGCAAUCCAUGGAGAUAAGGAUCAGGCGGAACGUGAUGCCAUCCUCAACAACUUUCGCCAGGGAAAGUGCCAGAUCUUGGUGGCCACAGAUGUGGCCCAGCGAGGCUUAGACAUCAAAGAUGUGGAAUAUGUGGUGAACUACCACAUGCCCAACACCAUCGAGGACUACGUGCACCGCAUUGGCCGCACGGGACGCGCUGGGAAGUCGGGCACCGCGGUGUCCUUCUUCGGCUGCGACUUCCGCAGCAAUGACAAGGUGCGCUUUGCGAAACGCCUCGUGAAGGUGAUGCAGGCCAUUGGGAAAGGGGAGAAGGACGCAGGGCAAGAUCCUCCUGAUGCACUGCUGAGGCUAUUUCAUCAAGACAAAGGAUGGGGCUUUGUGACCAGCGAGGAGAUCACCGGCUUAUUCUUCGGGAAGGAUAUCUUUUUGCAUAACAAACAGCUGAACGAUAGCAGUGUGAUUCCGCACGCUGGGGACGAAGCUCAUUUCUCUAUCGAGAUCGCGGAGAAUGGCAAGCUGCAGGCCAGGGAGGUGGACGUCUUUCCAGCAGGCCACGAGGAGGAAAACUUUGAGCCAGUGCGAAGACCCGCCAUGACCAUGAGAUCAGCACCAUACUAA